GGAUCGCGUGUGCAUCUCCGGCUCUGUCGGCUCCUGACAGAUCUGGGACGAUGGAGAAGAUGUCGGCUGUAGACCUGCACACGGGGGCUUCGGAGGGGGGCCUGAAGGAGCUGGUGCUCAAGUGGUUCACUGAGACUCAGGCACUGCUCAUCCUGAACCCUAACGGAAACUUCCCUGACUGGUUUCAAGGCUUUGCUGCACGAAGGGACACGGAAGAACUGCUGAGAGAUAAAGACCUGGGCUGUUUUCUCAUCCGCCUCAGUGACAAAGCCAUCGGCUACAUCCUGUCCUACAAGGGCCUCGACAGGUGUCGCCAUUUUGUCAUCACCCAGAAUCCAGAGGGCCAGUUCGUCAUAGCAGGAGACUGUCAGACGUACGGCAGUCUCCCAGAGCUGAUAGAGCAUUACAGAGUCAGCCCCAUCCAGCCCUUUGGAGAGUACCUGACCUCCAGUUGUUAUGAGGUAGACACAGGUGAGCUGUAUGAUGUGGUAAAUUUCAACGCCAAACAGAAGCCAGGGGUGAGUGUCCAAGCUCUGCGGACUCUCUGGGACCAAAAACAGGAUCAUCACAGCGACCCUGGACACAAUCAGAGGAUUCAGCAGCAAAAUGGCCCUCCUGCAGCUCAGCCCCCUGCACUGCCAGAUAAAUCCAAAAACAGAAAGCUGACGGGAGCAGUGUCUGUGGACACUCUGUCCCUCUCACAGGUGGUUCCUCCACUACCAAAGAGAGGCAUUCCUCUGGGCUUCUCCCUGAGUGGGUCUUUGCCUGAAACAACAUCACAUCCAAGUAAAACCGAGACCGAGCCAAACAGAUCGCAGAGAUUUAACACCGCUGACACCAGCUAUCCAGGUAGUCUUUGUCCACCGGGGAUCACAAACCCGGAGCUGACACAGGUGGAGAGCAGAAGCAAAUCUCUUCCAAAACUCAACACCACCAACACGGAGGAAGAGGAGGACGACGAGUACUCCAACCAGCUCGGCAGUCCCGCUUUCAAAUCAACAUCUUAUUCACCCACUCUUCCAAAGAAGGCCACCUGUCACACCUACUCCCUCCACGACCCCAGAGACGGUCCGCGGCCGAGCAGCUCCAGGUCAGAACAGCAGGGUGGCGAUGUGGAAAUGUUGAAGUCCAACCCGCUGUACCAGACCUCGGACGCGCCUGGGGGGGGCUCAGCUCAGCAGGGAGACGGCAUGUAUGCCGAGGUUCCCCGGAGAGCGACACCUGCAGGGCUGCCCGAUGACACCUACGAGCGGAUCCCCGGGGAGGCUGUGGUCGUCCAGGGCAACAUGUACGAGUCGCUGGAGGACUUGAAGAACAAGAAACCCAAAUCAACCUGGGGGAAAAAUAAUAUCAAAUGGAAGAAUUUCCUUCCCGAUUACAAGAAGAAAUAAAAAGGACUCGACUGUUUGUUAUUUUGUCAAAAAUGAAGCGGAAGUGAAAUGAGCAUUGCAAAUAAAUCCCUUUUGUGAAAUAUUUUUAUUAAGAAAGAAAGUCAUGUAGAAUCCAGAUGUUUAAACACUGCAAAAAUAUCACUAUUUUAUAUACAAAUCCAGCAGCAGUUAUAAUUAUGUAUAGUCUGUAGUUCUCCUUUGCAUUUAAAAUGCUUUGUAAUAAACUAAUUUAAGAUCAUUCUUUCUUUUAUUUGGUUUAUUAUUCAAAAUGGUCUUUAUGGAAUUUGAAUAUGGAGACUUUUUUUGGAAGGGUGAGAAACUGAAUAACUGGGAGAAAAUGACUUCAGGGACACAGAGUAAAGGAUGGUAAUGGUAAAU